AAGGAAAACUCGAAUACAAGGCGAAGAGCGUUGUGGUACUGAUUUGAUUUGAGAAUCGUAUCCCAUCAUAGUCAUGGGAUCGUUCUCCUCUACGCUCCUUCUUUUCUUUUUCUUCUUCUUCUUCACCUCAUCACUCGCCAAUCACCACAACCCUAUCACAGUCAAAGGUGUUGAUAUUGAAAAGCCAGUUUUGGAUAUCUCCCCUCCUCCGCUUUCUGGGCAUUCAUCUUCUCAAGGGGUUAAAGACACUUUACGGUGUGAGCGUAUUCGAGUAUCUGGUAUCUCUAGGUUGAAACUUGGGAGCUAUGCUAAUUCAUUCCAUAUUACUUUGGCUCCAUCUGUUUCGAUCCCAGAGAGGUUGCAUAACAAAAUUCAGGUUUGUUUCCACAGGAAUAAUACACUUGGAUGGUGUCAGUGUCAAAAGGAUGAAUGGAGGAGUGUACAAAAGGGGAUCUGGAGUUCUGUUAUGUCACCUUAUGAAACUAGAUAUGUUGAUGUGAGAAUCAAUGGAGAAAUAUUGGAUUCUGUUACCGUUGCUCUUGAAGAAGAUUUUCAGAAAUGGCGCCUCAUUUGUCUUGCACUGGGUUCAUUACUGCUACUUGUAGCUCCAAUUAUUAGCAGUUGGGUUCCGUUUUAUUACAGCAGUUCAAUGGCUAUAGGGAUCUUUCUUGUCAUCAUAAUCCUUCUUUUUCAGGGCAUGAAGUUAUUGCCAACUGGAAGAAAAAAUAUAUUUUACCUUACCAUAUAUGGAUCAGUGCUUGGAGCUGGGUCAUUUAUUUUGCACCAAUUCUCUUUGAUCGUAAAUUCAAUUCUUCAGAGUUUUGGGUUGAAUGAAGAGAUGCACAAUCCAGUUGCUAUUUUUGUACUACUGGGCAUCAUCUUGGGUGGAGCUGCUUUAGGCUACUGGAUUGUUAGGAGGUUUGUUAUUUCGAAAGAAGAUGGUAGUGUUGAUGCUGGGGUUGCUCAAUUUGUGAAAUGGGCAAUGCGCAUUGUUGGAACCGCAUUCAUUUUGCAGAGCACACUUGAUCCUCCUCUAGCAAUUGGAGCCUUGGUCUCCUGUGGAGCUGUUUGCAAACUUAUUUCUUCAAUAAAAUGGCUUCAUGGAUGGUAUGAAGCCUCAGGAAACGACAAUUAUUCACUGCAAUGGGUGAGAGGAACACGUGGUCGUGCUGAAUUCCUUAGCAAGUCAACCCCUAAAGGAAAAGUUCGGAAUAGCCCGGGAGAAAAAAUUUGGAAUAGCCCUAAAAGAUCAGCUUGGUCUGACUCUCCUGUGAGAGGUGUUGUAUCACCAUCUUCUGGGAUUUCACCACAAUCUUCUGGGACUCAAAUAGGGCAGGAUUACUAUUCAAUCUUCCACAAGACCAGCAACAGAAAGAAGUUCACAAAGAAAGAGUGGGAUGAAUUCACAAGAGAAUCCACUAAGCAGGCUCUAACAGACUCGCGGUCGGUGACGGAGACGGUGAACGGUUCGCACAAGUUCGUUAUCAAGGGAUACUCGUUGGCGAAGGGAAUCGGAGUCGGAAAACACAUCGCCAGCGAAACCUUCACCGUCGGAGAUUACCAGUGGGCCAUCUACUUCUAUCCUGACGGCAAGAAUCCCGAAGAUAACUCCGCUUAUGUCUCCGUCUUCAUCGCUCUCGCUUCUGAAGGCACCGAUGUUCGCGCACUCUUCGAACUCACCUUGCUUGAUCAGAGCGGUAACGGCAAACACAAGGUUCAUAGCCACUUCGAUCGUUCUCUUGAGAGCGGACCCUACACUCUCAAAUACCGAGGCAGCAUGUGGGGGUAUAAGCGUUUUUUUAAACGGGCUCAACUUGAGGCAUCGACGUUCCUCAAGGAUGACUGCUUGAAGAUAAACUGCACUGUUGGGGUUGUGGUGUCUUCCAUAGAUUGUUCUAAAUUAAACACAAUCCAGGUUCCUGAUUCUGAUAUUGGAGCACAUUUUGGCAUGCUAUUAGAGAAUGAGGAAGGAUCUGAUGUUACUUUCUCUGUUGAUGGAGAAAGGUUUCAUGCACAUAAGCUGGUUUUGGCUGCACGGUCAACUGCAUUUGAAACUGAGUUUUUCAAUGGGAUGGAGGAAGAUGAUCAUGACAUAGUUGUUACUGACAUGGAACCUAAGGUUUUCAAGGCUUUGCUUCAUUUUAUUUAUAGAGACACUCUUAUAGAUGAUGAAGAGCUCUUUAUGUCACGUUCAUCUUUCCUGUCUUCAGUAUCUGAAUCAUUUGCAGCAAAGUUAUUAGCUGCUGCAGAAAAGUACGGUUUGCCAAGACUUAAGCUCAUGUGCGAGUCUGUACUUUGUAAAGACAUAUCUAUAGAUUCUGUUGCCUAUAUUCUAGUUCUUGCUGAUCGUUAUCGUGCUUCAGAAUUGAAGUCCAUCUGUCUACAAUUUUCUGCUGAAAACCUUGUUGCUGUGAUGCAAUCUGAUGGUUUUGAGUAUCUUAAGGAAAACUGUCCAUUGCUGCAAUCAGAAUUGCUGAAGACUGUGGCAGGAUGCGAGGAGGAAUUUAGUGGAGAAGGAAAAUGCCGAAGUGUGUGGGCCCAAUUUUCUGAUGGUGGUGACACCAAUGAUAGGAGCGUAAGACAACAAACCUGGGAAAAUGGAGUUGAAAGAAGUCAAAGCUUAUGGGUUCACCUUUCUGAUGGUGUUAACAACAAUGAUAGUAGUCCAGGGAAAGAAGCUUGACUAGGGAUUCCAUUGGAACAAGUUAGUGGGUUGUUGGUACAAGACCUGACUGCAGUUCCUACCAUUUUCUUUUGUUGGGGAGUGGGGACCGUUUUCAUCUUGUAACGUUAGUCAUAUAUCUUUUAAUAUCAAUGAAAGCUAGCAAGUUAACAACAUGAGAUGAAGUGACAGAGUAAUAUCUAGUUUACCUUUGAUUGUAUCUUGAUCUUUUCUUUUCUUUUUAUAGGGUGGGAGAUUGUCCACCCUAGUUGGUGAACACAGGACAUUUCAUACUUGAUCGCAGUCUCUACACCAUGGGAAUCUUCAUUCUUGUAAAUUGUGAAGCAUCCAUUGUUUCUUUUCAUUUUAAUUUUUUUCCCACCAUCUAUGAAGGACGAUAUUUUGCAGCCCGUCGUGAUUUGAAGUCGGAGAUAUUACCCUGUGGAUAAGUUUUAUAUUCACCUUUUUUCACAUCCCUAGUUUAAUUUGUGGAUGUAGAAUUGAGGUUUGAAACACACUGCAACGACGGUGACCAAUUCAUGUUCCUGUAUUGAGUUGGGACUUCAAAUAUCCCGUAUUGAGGGUUUAGUGUUGAUAAUGUACUGUUUCGUAUUGUACCUUUUAGGUAAAAAAAAUUGAAGUUCCC